AAAAAUUAAAUUUACUUUAUCAACACCAGAAAAACCCCAACUUCUUUCGGUUUCCCUUUUAAUUCCCUUCUUUGCUUUGCAAAGCUUUGCCUCCCAUUGGGUGGAGCCAUGGAAGGCGGUCCAAGUUAAUCUGUUCUCUUUUGAAGGAAAUGGAGAUAGUAAGCAAAGCUAAGGAUUAUAUGACAUUUUUGUUACUGUUUUUGGUAUUGUUCUCCUGUAAGUUUUUGAGCAGCUGAAAUGAAUACAUUUUUUUUUUUUGAUAUGCGAGCAUGAGAUAAUGAGGUGGAAGUAAGGAAGUUUUUUUAUAUUUGAAUUUCGUCUGAGUUUAUGGGUAAAGUGGAUUUUGAGUGAAAUCGGCUGAGAAAGAAAGAACAAAAAAUGAAAACAGAAUCGAACACUGGGUUUUAUCAUCAUGAAGAUGGUUUAGGUUCUAUCUUGAAUCGGCACGGUAUAUCUUUCCAACCAGCUGGUAUUGAUAGUAGUUCAGAGAUGAUUCCGAUGAGUGGUUACUAUGCAUCACUGCCGACGAUCUUGCCUGGCAAUUCCAGUGUUAUCACAAGCUCCCCUGCCUUAAUCCAACCUGGAAAUUCUUCUGGAUCUUCCCUGCUUCUUGAUUCAAUUUCAGGGCAGAAGCAUGAGGCAGGGUUUGCUGUCGAGUGGUCUAUUGACGAACAGUAUAUAUUGGAGGACAGCCUUGAAAAGUAUAAAGAUGAACCAAGUAUUAUGAAGUACAUAAAGAUUGCAGCUACCUUGCCUGAUAAAACUGUACGUGAUGUUGCGUUGAGGUGUAGGUGGAUGCAAAGAAAGCGAAGGAAACCUGAAGAACUUAAUGCGGGAAAAAAGGUGAACAGUAGGAAGGGUAAGCUUGUGGAAUCAUCUUUGAAGGUGAAUAUGCCUUCAGCGCUGCCACAAAACAUGGCUGCAUAUCCUCUCAUGAUGCACCAUCUUGACCAGAAUGGAAGAAUGUCUUCUGAAGGUUUGUAUUUAAUACCACCAGCUAGAGGAAUCAGUGGUACAGUUAUACAUCUUUUGAAGCAAAAUUCUCAAGCUUUUAGUCAAAUCACGUCCAACCUUUCUGCAUUCAAGUUACAGGAUAAUAUUGAUCUCUUCUGUCACACAAGGAACAAUAUUACUGCCAUUCUAAAUGACAUGAGAGACAUGCCAGGUUUAAUGAGCCGGAUGCCACCAUUGCCUGUAUCCAUUAAUGACGAUUUAGCAAUUAGCAUCUUGCCUGGUGCAACUCAGGAAACUAGUUGCCCCACUAGGCAAUAGGCGGUCUGCGAAUGUUUUAACAAUUGAUGAUUUUUAGCUCACCAAGCGGGAUCCAUCUCAAGCCAAGCCAAGAUACUUACAGGGAAUUGUUGAGAUUGAGGUUGGGUAUAUAUCUGAUUUAUGUAAAUUACAAACAAUUUUCUAGUUGUAAAUCCAUAAGAAGCUUGUAGGUUAUGCUCUUGUUUCUCGUGUACAAAACAUUCUUCACACGUUGGGUGCCACAAUGGAAAAUUUGUAAAGACCCCAUUUUUGCAAUCCAAAAUUUUCACCCGCCUUAUGUCAAA